AUGCGACUGCCGGCACCUACACCGACCCACACUUUCGUGAAUCCGUCACCUUUGAUGGCUACGAGAAUCGUCUCCGUGCUGUUAUACAGAAUCGCAACCCCGACGGAAAGUAAUGGUACCGAGGCGCGCAAUGAUGUAUUGACUCCAGAGCAGUACAUCGAAAAAACCGUUUCUAUGAUCCGGAAGAAUCGAGGCACGGAAUUGGCCGGUAUGCUCAAUCCUGUAAUCGUGACGGAAUUAUUCCAAGAGCUUUCAUCGCCGUGGGGGGAAAUGGCCGAGCUGCAUGUUCGGAAUGUGUGCAAGGCUACUUACCAGUGUCUGAAGCGUCUGGUUGAUCACAUAGCUGAUUCUGCAGCAGCCGAGACGAUCUUCUCUGGCAUAUUCAAGCCGCACCUAAACGCCCUGCAGCAGAACUCGCUUGCCAAGCUGUCAGAGCUGUUGAAGCCACAUCAGGAGAGUCACCCUAUUACAUACGACCAGCGUUUCAUCAAAGAUCGCGAAACUGUUCUCAAUCAACGAGAAGAGGUGCGCGUGAGCGCUUUGUUGAAGGAGGCGUUUAAACCUAUAUAUAUGGAUCGUGAAACUUCCGUCCACGCGUCCAUUGACUUCAGCAAAUUGGUACAGAAGCUCGUGAAGCGGCCAGAGUUCGACGUGGAUCACUCGCUGAUGCGCUAG